UUUACAAGUCAUAUUGUCAACAUAAAAAAAACUAUUUUCGUAUCAUGUAUCGGCAAUGGAAAUUAUAAAAUACGAUCUAUUUGUAUUUCUUUUACUAUUUGAAUUAUCAGCGUUUUAGAGAUUAGAUAAAAUAAACAAAUUGUUGUAAAAGCUUUAAAUGGAUUGUUUGAACAUCAAGUGAUAAUAUUUAGCAAUUGGUAACAUAAGAUUUGGAUUUAAUUUUCUUUCGAAAUAAAUUUUCUAUUUUGCGUUUACAUAAGUUCUCACAUUGUCAAAGGCACAAGUUGAAGUUCGUUAGCAUUUGGCAAAAUGGAUUUCGAUGAAUAUAGAAAAAGAGGAAAGGAAAUGGUUGAUUACAUCGCAGAUUAUCUUGAGAACAUUCGAUCAAGACGUGUUUUUCCAAAUGUUUCUCCGGGGUACAUGAACGACUUGGUCCCAGAAUCAGCUCCCUUAGACGGAGAAAAAUAUGAAGAUAUAUUCAAAGAUGUUGAACGCGUCAUCAUGCCAGGGAUAACACAUUGGCAGAGCCCAUAUAUGCACGCUUACUUCCCGGCCUUGAACUCGUUCCCGAGUCUGUUAGGAGACAUGCUUGCGGACGCCAUAGGCUGCCUCGGUUUCACAUGGGCAUCUAGUCCAGCAUGUACCGAACUUGAGACAAUAGUGAUGGAUUGGCUAGGAAAGAUGAUAGGAUUGCCUAAAGAAUUUCUCCAUAGCAACGAGCAAACUAUGGGAGGUGGUGCCAUACAAACGACUGCGAGUGAAUCCACCUUUGUCGCACUACUGGCGGCAAGAAGCGAGGCCAUCAGACGCUAUCAAAUAUUAGACGAGGAUGACCUGAAUGGCGCAGAGAUCAACGCUCGACUAGUAGCCUACUGUAGUGAACAGGCACACUCUUCGGUAGAAAAGGCAGGGUUGAUAGGGUUGGUGAAAUUGAGGCUAUUACCUUGUGAUGAUGACUUGAGCUUGAGGGGAGAGACACUGCGUGAUGCCAUCAAAAGAGAUAGGGAGCUAGGAUUAGUGCCUUUCUUUUUAUGUGCUACUCUUGGGACAACAGGGGCUUGUGCAUUUGAUAAAAUAAACGAACUUGGUCCCAUCUGUGAAGAGGAAGAUAUAUGGAUGCAUAUAGAUGCCGCUUAUGCUGGUACUGCGUUUGUCUGCCCAGAAUUCCGAGGUUACAUGGAGGGGGUUGAAUACGCACAUUCCUUCGCAUUCAACCCUUCCAAGUGGAUGAUGGUACAUUUCGAUUGCACAGCAUUGUGGGUGAAAAACAGUGGCGCUUUACAUCGAACAUUUAAUGUGAACCCAUUGUAUUUACGCCACGAGAACACGGGAGCUGCAAUAGAUUACAUGCAUUGGCAAAUCCCACUUAGCAAGAGAUUUAGAUCCUUGAAGUUAUGGUUCGUGCUGCGAUCCUUUGGUGUAAAGGGGAUUCAGGCUCAUGUCAGACGGGGGGUGGAACUAGCUAAGAAGUUUGAGAACCUCAUCCUAUCCGAUCCACUUUUUGAAAUACCAGCAAAGAGGAUCCUUGGCUUGGUCUGCAUUCGAAUAAAGGGCGAAAACGAAUUGACCGAAGCAUUACUGAAACGGCUUAAUAGCUCUGGAAAACUACAUGCAGUACCAGCGUCCUUCAAAGGCAAAUACGUAAUACGUUUUACUGUGACGUCACAAUACACAACCGAGAAAGAUAUUGAACGAGACUUCAAGAUCAUAAAAGAAACUGCCAGAAAGAUCAUAGCAGUUGAAAGCUCAUCAGAGGAAGAGGAUGACAUAGAAAAUGAAAUAGAGAAUGGUACUUGGAGACAACAGCCGACCCAAAGAUCUAAAAUAGGGGAGAUUCGUCGUGAGGGUCUCAAACAUGCCAAGAAGGAUUUCGGCGUCAGUUUGAUCCUUAGUAAUGUUCCCAUGUCACCGAGGUUUAUCAAUGGGAGUUUCGCUGCUCUCUUUGAGAACAAUGAUAUCAUGAAAGAGAUUACUAAGCAUUUGAAGAACGGAGAUUUUAAUUCAAAGUCAGCCAUUUUCAUGUCUCCGCGCCGAAAAAUGAAGCUGGAUUCCUCGAAACAGUUAAGCCUUGAUGUGAAUUGUCUCUACUCACAGAAGAGAUUAACGGCGGUACCUUCCAAACAGGGUUCUUUGGAUUCAAAAAUUGAGGAUAUCCUCCACAGUUCAUUUGAAUCCGAAAGCCUCAGCGACGUUGUUGACAGUGAGCACGGCAACGCCUUUGCUGACGUAAUCGUCAAUGGAGACAACGGCCAUAAUAAUAAUGAUAAGAACGGAGGCAAUGGUACAACCAGUCCUACAGUUUCUGUGUUCAUUGUGAAUGGGAUGAAACGUUCUCCAAGUAAAUCCAAAAUCAAAGAGAGCGGUAUGAAAAGCCCAACAUCCGGGUUCAAAAACCCAACACAAGGGAUGAAGAAGUCGCCAAGUAAGUCCAAAUUAAAGAAACAAUCAAAGGUGAAUGGGCCUAGUAAUGUCGACACUGUCAACACAACAAGCGGCAGUGAUAUCCGCGUGUGCAAGCACUGCGGCCACAACAUAGAUGAUGGUCAGUGGACUGACGAAAAUGUUGAAUUUAACAUGUAAAUCGUAAUUGAUGGAAAUACAAAUGAAUACUCUGGAGUUAGGAAAGAAUUGACAUUUGACUGUUUAUAUCUUGGGUUAUAGAGCUUUAGCGUAUUUCCCUUGGCGGUGAGUUCUUGCAGUAGGUGGAAAACGUACUCAUAUUUGUUGUUAUCAAAUACCAUAUAAUAGAUAGCUGUAAUAUAAUAGUAAAGACCAUGAAUUCCUUUAAGAAUGGACGAUGGUAUUGAAUAUGUUCGUGUUUCAGAAGUUUUGGCUGGGAAAUGUCUUACACGUACAAGUAUAUACAUAGUAUUUAGGCCUAUAUAAAGAUGGCAGUGGUGUAGUUCAGUGUAGUGUAGUGAAUGUAUUUGGACAAGA